UUUAAAUUGAUUUCAAGUGAAUUAUGUCAAUUAACAAACUACCAAACGAGUGUCUCUAUAUGAUUUUGGACCAUUUCAAUGGAUUCGAAGAGUUGAUCCGAUUGUCCAAAGUCUCUCCAAGAUGGUUCCUGGUCGUUUCGCUGAAGUUAAGCAAAGUUAAAUAUCUUCAAUUGAUGGAUAGAUACAAAAGAGCUCAGGACUACAUUGAGCAUAACAAACUUUGGAAAAACACUACAGAAACUUUGAAAAGUCACAAUUUAAGUGAUUUAUUUCCGAAUCUGAAGAUUGUGGAAGUUCCGUUGCAUUUUUUUGUUUCUCUUGAAUCGUAUACUUUUAGAAGAUUGAUAAACGAACAUCCAAAAAUAAAAGGAUUGAUUGGACUUUAUGAACCUGUUGAGAACAAGUAUAACUUGGAAAAUAUCGAAAUGAUUUCAUCAGAUUUCAAAUUCGAAUUCAAAAAAGUCUUUCGACCUGCUCAGUUGAAACAAAUUUGCUUCAAAGGAAUAUUGCUCUUAUCUGAAUUUUCUCAAUGUAUCGAGUACUUUCCGAAUUUGAAACGACUUCACAUAAAUUCCUUCUAUCACGACAUAAAAAAAUAUGAUGGUCCAAAUUUGUCCACUUUAAAGAUCCUUGAAAUUCCACCUGGUAAUCUUGGCACUGGAUUUCGUAUUAUGGAUUCCUGUCCGUGUUUAGAAAGCGCAUUCAUAUAUUCUGGUUACUUUCAGUCUAAUAUUAUUGACGAUUCAAUAAAAAAUUUCAAUCUAAGAGAUUUGGUUAUCGAACAUGUAAGUGACAAUGAAAAAUUCUCAUUUGAUUCACUUUCUCGUUUUGAUUCUUUCUACCUCCAGCCUUAUACAUGUGAGUUUACCUUGGAACUUUUACGGAAAAUCUGCACAAAAUUCCCGAAUUUACAUCAUCUUGGAAUCAGAGGCUACGAAGUUGAUGAUAGUCAUGUAGAACUAAUGGUUAAACUAUUACCAGAAUUAAAACUGAUCGACUUGAGGAAAUGUAAGAAAGUGACCCAAAGACCGGCUCAUUUUCUGUCUCAAUUCUGUGAAAAAUCCGAUCGAUCGGUUAAAAUCUUUUAUGAUUGUGAGAAGGAACCACUUGAAUGGCCUAAAUUGGACACUACUCACGAAUUAAUUGUCUACGGAUUCGAUUUCAUGAAAAAUUGUUUCUAUAAAACUUGGAAUUCACUUCCAGAUUUGAUUGAUGAAGACAAAUAAAAUUUCUAAUUAAAUUGAUGUCGAAUUUAUCAGAAAAAUACAAAUUGUAAUAACAAGUUUCCAAAGACAAUCAACAAAAUAAUCAUUCCAAUUGCAUACAAAUUGAUGGUUUAAACUCUAGACAAUUAUAGUUGAUUAAUAAAAUAUACGAUUGAGCAUCUAUCAUGUUUCGAGGUGAAAG